AACAGGAUGCAACCAUGCAGCAAACAGAAGAAAUAUAUGCUGAUCAAGAAGACCAAGCCAAAAUAACGAGACCUGAUAAACUUCCAAUAAGAGGUGGAAAAAAAGUGGCUUGGAAGAACACACAGAAGGAGCUCAUAGAAUGUUUAGGACGAGCUGCACCUAUGAAAACUACUGAAGGGACAGAAAAAGAAGCUUUCAAGAACACAACCCUUGAAUGUUCAGGAUCUGAUGCCCUAAAGCAUCUCUUUGAUCUUGAGAAAAGAAUGCAAAAUCAACUUGCUUCACUGAAUGCUUUCAUAAAAGGUCAAAAUGCUCAAUCUUCACCUCACAUGGAAUGUAAUAAUCUUCAGGCUAGUUCCACUUCAAACCCUUCAUCAAAUUUACAGAUGGUUUUAGCUUCUGGUUCUACAUCCAGACCAGAAAGUAUUGGUACAGAAGGCCCAAGGAAACCUAUCCCUAGACUUGGCAUUCCUCCAUUCCAUGUUGGUGUGGGGAAUGAAGAAGGCCUCAACUUGGGAAGGUUCAUCCCCUCCUCAAGUUGUGCAUUUCGUCCUUACCAUCAAGGAUCUUCCUCAAGAGGUUUUAAUUCAGUUCAACCCUCGGCUAUUGCUCAUAGGGAAGUAAUAAACGCCAACUCGAACACAAUGGCUCCACAACUUCAUGGUCUAUAUUUCAAUGAGAGGCCUAAUCUGCUGGCUCAAAACUUUAUGCCCAUGAGUGUGCAGACACUACAAACUCCACCAUUUUCUCUCAGUGCUACAAGAAUUUCUCCUCUAGCUAAUGUUGAGACUGAAGCUCGACCUCAGUUGCUGUUGGGUGGUCGAUUCCUGCUCUCGAAUGAUAAUGUUAUACUGAAAAAUAAUGUAAGUCAUGACACUGACAAUACUAAGUGAAAUCCUAUUCAGAUAUAUUGAAGAGAGUGAAGGUUCUUUGUAUAAUUAAAACUUAGCCGAUCUUCUUCACUCGACAGAUACAUGGUUAUUAUGAGAACUUUCCUGACUUCAGCAACAAUUAUCCAAGUGUUGUCUUAGUACUUGAACAUCACCCCAACAAUUUGAAAGGCGGAACAGUGCUAUGGUACAAAUUAGCAAUGAUUUCUCUCGGUCAAACUCAUAGUUAACUUCAUCUAUUUCUAUUUCCAAUUGUGUAUCAGUUGUUUCAAUUACAAUAAUGACUAGUGUAUGGUAUGAAUUAAUUAGUUUUACAGCAAAGCUCAGACUAAAAUGGUUUGUUUGUUUCUUCAUGGCUAG